AGCCCUCAAUUGUGGAGCAGUAUUGUGGACGAGAAAGAUAAUUAUAAUAUUCUAUAGAAAUAAUUUCCUAUUGGUGAUUCCUUUCCAGUCAAGGGAUAAGUGAAUCAGAAUGAUGAACGCUACUUGUUUUUCACUAGUUUCUUCGACGCUUUAGUCUUCUAUGGAUCAGAAUAGGCAACUGUAUUGAUAUCGGUAAUGAUUGUGUACCGUAAUUCUCGACGAGAAUAGCGAAUGCCUUGUAUAUAAAGGACAUUUCGUUUAAAAAGAGAAUAGCAAAACAUAUUCAAACAACACACAUGUCUGCUGUAUAAACUAAACACGUCAAAACAAUCUACAAUCGUUUCUGAGUCUACAUAUGAAGCUGCUACGCUCACAUGCCAUUAGAAUCAAAACGACUGCAGAGUGAUACGACUAAUGUUGUCAACUGUAACAGCUCGAAGACUCAAAAGUUCAAGUAUGAUUGUGUUAUUUGAACUUGAUGUACAGCAGUUACUGAUGGUCGGCAUUGGAUACUUUGAGGGAUCGACACCAGAGUGAGUCAUGUUUUCUUCAAGCGUUUUUCUUUUCUCUUCUUGCCCUUAUAUACUUGUAGAUAUACACCAUGUGCUGCCGUUAGAAAAAGAACAUUGUUUCUGUACUUUUAUAUCUCAAAGUAGGAUAAAUGCUUUGUUUUAUUCUUUUCUCCUUUCACUUCAGUAAAAAUAAGUAACAGUAUACACGUUAUUUCGAUAAAUAAAGUUGAUAAACACUCUUCGUACCUAACAUUUAAAAUGUCUUCGAAUCAAAGUAGUGAUGUUACUCAUGAUCGAACCGCCAAAACUGAAGAUUCUACUAAAGCCGAUACUUCAAAUGCAGAUGAAACACAUAAUGCAAGCGCUACAGCUAGAGAUGGCUCAAAUGCUGGUACAACCGUUAGUGAUGCAAGUGGUACAUUAUCCCAUAGUGGACCAACAACCUCGAACGAUAAUGGUGAAAGAAAGUUUUGA